AUGUGGGGUUUCGCGCUCGAGCCGUCGAAGCGUAUCGGAGGCGUGUCGCCUCCUCGCCGUCCGAUCAGGCAUCGACCCGGGGCGUCCAGGAAAGCCAGCGGAAUUUUGGGCUGGAUUCCCGGUGGAGCUGGUAACAGCUGGCGAACGAUCUGCUCGCCGGUAAUCGCUCUCGUGGUGAUCUGGCUGCUGGGAAUGAUCAUCUGGAACAGCGGGAUCAUCAGCCUUAAGAAGCAAACCACAGCUCCAUCCGACUCACCUACUGGUCUGGACGCAUCGUCUGAAUACGGCGACGAUGCUGCUUCUAUGGGGGAUGGUUCCACUGAUGACAGCUCAGAUCUCACUCCCUCCUUUACCAAUAAGAUGUCGUCUGGUGGUGGAUACGGGGGAGGCUUGGGAACAGGCUCGAGAGCAGGAUCGGGAGCAGGAUUCGGAGCAGGCACGGGAGCAGGUUCGGGAGCAGGAUUUGGGGCAGCGGAUGAGGGUAUGGAUUCCGAGGAUGGGGACGGGGAGACAGGCCUGGCGUCGGGAUUCCCAAGGUCCACUAGCACCACUGGCGCUGGUCGGUUGGGGGGUCUGAAUUCAGGAGAUUCAUCCAGAACUUCCGCCUGGAAUGCCCCUGGUGGUGGCAACAGGGGCGGGUUGGGGGCAAGUGGAGGGGAUGAUGAGGAUGACAUGAUGGGAAGUGGUGGGAGUGGUGGGUCGAGGGAUGGAUUUGGCUCCAGCAGCAGCAGCAGAGACGGUAUGUGGGGUGGUAGCGGCAGUGGUGGUGCUGGUAGAUUCGGGGGAGGUGGUGCUGGGGCAGGCGGAAGCAGGUGGGGAGGGGGAGGCGCGUCCACAUGGGGUGGAAGAGGGGGGUCGGCGGGUAUGUCCGCAGAGGAUGAGGACGAGGAUGGGAAGGGGAGCGCUGGUGGUGGUGGGCUCGGGGUUUCCAGCAGUCGUGUGCCUAAAACGGGGUCAAGAUCGUGGGGAAUGGAUGAUGAGGGGGAUAUGGAGACUGGUGUCAGUGGGAAUAGGGGCGUGGAGUCGGCUCAACUAGAUGACGAGGAGGAGGAAGAGGAGGGCAUGUCGACUCACCGGCUGCGCAACGUGGCGUUCCUGCGCAUCCCAGGGACGCCCGUGACGGGGCAGCGAGUGCUGGACUUUGAGCGCCAGCUGGCGUGUGUGUCGCGCGACGGGCUGUGGGCGGUGAACUCGACGCCAAGGUGGAUGCCGUGGGACCUCAACCCGCUGAGUAUUGAUCGCCAGCCCAACUACCGCUCCUGCGACCUGCUCUUUGCCAAAAGGUGCGGCGUGGUGCCGCAAGAAAGGGCGGAGUGUUUGGGGCGCAGCGGAGAGGGCGAGGCGAACUUCCAACGCAAGGGCGGCAUGGCGGGUGCGCAAGGAGCUGCUGAAGGGCGGAGUGUUUGGAGCAGCAGCGGAGCGCGCACGGAGGUUGCCCAAUGCAAGAGCGGCAUGGCGGGUGCGCAAGGAGCUGCUGUACCAGUGGCGCCCUGCCAGCCGCCUCCGCUGCCCCUCCCACCCGUUCCACCCACCACACUAGCUGAUUUCCAAACCGCCCCAAAACAACAUGCUUGCUUCCUGCUCCCGCCCUCCUCCCCACCUAAUGAACCCUCCCGUCCCUUCAGGAAGGGAGGUGUGUUUGGGGCGGCUGCAGAGCGGGCGAGGCGAUCCCCUAACGCAAGGGCGGCAUGGCGGGUGCGCAAGGAGCUGCUGUACCAGUGGCGCCCCGCCAGCCCCCGCCGCUGCCCCUUCCAGCAGUUUGACCGCGCGGGGUUCUGCCGCGCUGUGAGGGGGCGCAACGUGGUGGUGGUGGGAGACGCGUUCAGCCUGGACUGGCACGACUCUCUUCUGAACCACCUCGUCACUGCGGGCACUAAGAACAAGGCAGGGCAACUGGGCGAUGCCUGGGGGCGCAACGUGGUGGUGGUGGGGGACGCGUUCAGCCUCGACUGGCACGACUCUCUCCUCAACCACCUUGCCACUGAGGGGACCAAGAACAAGGCAGGGCAGCUGGGAGAUGCCUGGGCCAACGUCACCGAGGGGGCGUGCUUUGAAAGGGGUCACCGCCUCUGCACCGACGUCCCCCUUAUUCCCCCUUCCACCCCCACCACCACUGCUGUUGCUGCUGCUGCUGCUGAUGAUGACUCCUCAACACUUGGUGACCCUGACUCUGAUCCUGCCACUGCUAGUGCUGCUAAUGCUGGUCGCUUCACCGCUGGUGGUCCGGCUGCUGGUGGCGGUGGUGGCAGUGGCGGUGGUGCUGGUGGCAGUGGACUUGGAAUAGGCGGUGCUGGUCGCCGUUCUCGCUUCGGGGCUGCUGCUGAUGCAGCUGCGGACGACACAGGGGGAGAGGACCGGCAGGACAGGGGCGAGGAGGAGGGUGCAAGGGGGGGGCAGGAAAGUAAGGAGUUGGGUGUGGUGGGUGGACUGAGAAGUGGGUUUCAGAGGAAGGGCUGGGGACGAGGCAGAGGGCUGGCUGGGAGAGUGAGGGCUGGCGAUUGGGAGGGGGACGAGAGGAGUGGGGAGGCUGCUGGGCUGGGAAGCAGAGAACGGAGUGAGAGUGGUGAGGGCGAAGGGGAGUCGACAGGAUUCACGAGAGUGGAAGAGGAGGAAGGUUUGGGAGCAGGAGGCGGGAGUGGGCGAGCAGGGAGGACUGGGAGGAAGAGGAGGGCAGUCGGGAGGCAGGGGGGUGGAGGGGAUGUGCUGAACCAGGGGGUGAGUGAGUCAUUGAGCAACAAGGAGGGCGGCACUGGUGGUGUGGUGCUGAGGAGGAGGAGGAUGGCGGGGUUCAAUCUGCGGGUGGUGCUGAACGCUUUUGCAGCGCCGGACACGGGGCGGCCCACGCGGCUCAACAACCGCUGGCUGAAGCGCCUCAAGAAGUGGAAGACCAGCAUCCUCGUGCUCUCCCGCACCCCGGCCUUUGGCGACAGUGAGUGGAAGAAUGGGGGGGAUGGGGUUGAGGAGAAGGAGCUGAUGCUGCAGGAGGUGAGGGAUACAUUAGAAGCUGUGAGGGACCUGUAUCCGGACAUGCUCGUCAUCUGGCGCAGCGCCGUGGGCGGCCAUCCCAGCUGCCAGCACUUCACUCGCCCGCUCAGGACCCGGCCCGUCCUGCUGGCAGCCAAGGGGAAGAUUCCCGACGUGUGGCUCCGGCACGCCGAGAUGAACGCCGCUAUCAGACCGCUGCUCAAGGAGUACGGGGCAGUAUACAUGGACGUUGACUCAUCCACCUCCCUUCGCCCCGACGGCCAUCACGAGCGCAUGGACGGCAGCAUCAACUGCCACCACUACUGCAUGCCCGGCCCGCUCGACCACUGGGUGUCUCUCUUCCAUAACCUGCUGCUGCUGCUCGACCUACACUCCCCCCAGACCACCCUCCCUGCUUCCGCUGCUGCUGCUGCUGCUGGUGUUGCUGGUGGUGUUGCUAGUGGUGUUGCUGGUGCUGCUGGUUUUGGUGGUGGCGACGGUUUGUAUGGUUCUGGUUUCGGUGGUGCUGCCGGUGGUUCUGGGUCUAGUGGUGGUGGUGCUGGUGGGGUGCCAGUGGUGAAGGUGCGUGGGGUGGUGGGCGAGGGGGGAGUGGUGGUGGAAGAGGAAGACUUGUCUGAUGUGCCACGGGGAGGGAGGUGGAGGAGUAAGGAGGAGAUAGAGGAGGAGGAGAGGGGGAGGGAGGAUGGAGGAGGAGGAGGAGGGAUGGCGGGGGUAGGAGGUGCGGAAGGGUUUGAGGGAGCAGGGAUUGGAGGGGGGAUGGGAGUGGGAGGAGGGUUGGGUGAGGGGCAAGUGGAAGGGAGUGGUGGAGAUGGGCGUGGAGGAUUCACCCCUCUUACUCCCACGUCACUGCUCUUCACCGCUCUUCCCCCCUCUUCACCCCUCUCUCCCACCUUCACCCUGUUCCCUCCCCUUCCUCCACCUAUCCCAGCCUGCACCAACUUCUCGGCGUGCAUCCCAGGGACGCGCAUUCGCGGCGAAGAAGCAGUGGCCGAAGCACAGCAGGAGGUGUCGUGUGUGGCGGAGGACGGCAAGUGGGUGCGCUUCAACACGCCCCGCUGGCUGCCGUGGUCCCGCGACCCGCACACCAACCCACGCGCGCCGCACUACGGCACUUGUGACCUGCUACACGUGAACGAGACUGGGGGCAAGGGCAUGUACGGCUUUGCAGCGGACAAGUUUCGGAAGAAUCCAGGAGACCGGGAGUGGCACGUGCGGGCGGAGCUCAAGUACCAGUGGAAGGCCAACCGCUUCUGCCCGCCGUUCAUGGGGUUCAACCGGCACAAGUUCUGUGCGGCGGUGGGGCAGCGCAACGUGCUGUUUGUGGGGGACACCACUCAGCUGGCGCUGCACGAUGUGUUUCUCAACCACGUCACUACCAUCGCCACUCAGAAGGAAAUCGGAGACAUCGCUGACGCCUGGACGGCGCCCAACAACCAGCCGGCGUGUGCAAUCAACAACCCCCACGUGGUGUGCUCCGACAUCGUCCCAGGGGGAUUCACCUUCCGUGUCGCCCACAACAACCUGCUCACGCCCGACUCGCCGGGGGGGGGAGCGUUCAACCAACGUUGGCUGGGACACCUGAGGAAAUGGAACGUAUCGAUUGUGGUUCUCAACAAGGGCUUCGAGCACCGCCCCACACCGGUGUACCUGAAGACGCUCCGUCAGACCCUCACGAAAUUCCGACAGGUGGCGCCUGACACCCUGCUGAUAUGGCGAUCCACGUGGCGUGGCCACGAGGGUUGUGAGAAUGCCACAGAGCCGCUGGCAGCGCCGCCCGAUAAUGCUACCCGGGCUGGUCCAUGGGCAUUCGUACUGGAGCAGAACGAAGCAGUGCGAGAUUUGAUCCGGGAAUUUGGUGGCGUGUACAUGAAUCUGGAUUUCUCCUUGUCAAUGCGACCAGAUGGGCACCUACGGCAACUGAAUGGCCUCACAGAUUGCUACUACUACUGCUUGCCUGGUCCUGUUGACCACUUCAUGCGCCUUCUUUACAACUACCUCCUCAUCCUUGAUAGCAAAGGACCACGUAGCGGCCAGAAAUGCCACGCGUCUCACUCCGAGUUCAACGGAAAGUCCCACUUCUUUCGAAACGGUCACGGCAACAGCAACUCCUGCUGGUCCCACAACCCGUCAGCCGAUUCACGGCCUUCAACGGCCGGCUCCGACCGAGCGAGUCACCACGACGCAGCACGGCGUUAUGAGAGGGGAUCCGUGGGGCGGUCUGAGGGGGCUCCGUACGAAGGGCGGUAUGGGAGAGGGUAUGGGAGAGGGGACGUUAGAGGGUACGCUCAGAGUGGGUCCGAACGGCCCGCCUCUCCAGGCUCUUCCCCUUCCCCUUCCCCCUCCUCGUCCGCCUCCUCGUCCGCCUCCCCGUUCGCUUCCUCCUCGCCUCCCUUCGCCGAUUUUGCCCAGUCCACCGCACGCUCCCCUUCCUCGCCUGCCACCUCAACUGCUUCGCCAGAUUCGAAUGCUGCCGCUGGGGGGGCUGCUUCUGGAGAGUUUCCGAUCCAGUCGCAUCACACGAUCCUGGACGUUGAUCAGAUUGAUCCGACGGCUGGCGACGCUGCCGCGUGGGGUGGGCUGGACUCGGCUGCAGUGGCAGCGGCUUGGAAGAGGAGCUUUCUGAAGCGGGUGGUUGACACGAUCACCAAUUCCAAGUACUUCAAUCUGCAGACAGCUGGAUGGCUCAUUGCGGGGGCUGCCACGGCGGCAGUGGGCGUGCAGGUCACAGCACACAUCAUCCAGGCCAUCGAGUCCGUUCCUCUGCUUGCAUCUCUGGAAAUCCUUGUUGGUGCUGCUGUCACCACCAACGUCGCCACCACCAUUACUGGAGGGGGAAAAGCGCGCGAGCGCCUGGAGCAGCAGUGGGACGAGUUCGUGAAACGAGUCAGCGGCACGUAUGGGCUGUCGGACCCGACUUUUGAUGAGAUGGAGAGCGGUAAAGACCUCGAGGCAGUGGCACGUACGGGCUUUCCUUCCAACCCGGUGUUUGACGAGAUGGAUGGGGACAAUGACCCCGAGGCUCAGAUUCAGGACCUUCUGUCGCAGUGCAGUGCGAUUAUAGCCGAUGCAGCAGUGCAGCAGAGCGAGCAGCGGCCUUCACACCUCGGAGGCGACUCAUCAACAGAAACCCAGCAGCAGAGGGAGACGCAGGCAGCAGAGUUAUUGCGGAAGGCCGCAGAGAGACUUGGUCCAAAGCCUGCAAACAGCACAGGAAAGGAGACAGAGGGGGAGGAGCUGAAAGACGGGGAAGGGAAGCAGGCUACAGAGGCUGAUCCUGAGGUGCCUCAGAGAAAGGCUGAUGGGGAGGAGGGGGAGGAAGCGGUGGUGGCGGUGAGAAAGGCGGAGCUGGUGCGGGUGUUAUCUGAGUUUGUGGAGAGGAGGGAGGGCAGGGCGAGGCGGGUGAACCGCAUGCUGCAGCAGGAGGUGCAGGCGGGCAGGGGACUGGAGGGGCGACUGGGGGACCUUACUAAGGUGAGUGCAAGUAUGAUAGCAAUGGGAGGAUGGGGUGGGGCGAGGGGAUGGAACCGCGUGCUGCAGCUGGAGGUGCAGGCGGGCAGGGGGCUGGAGGGGCGACUUGGGAACCUUACUAAGGCUCUGGAAGUGCGCACUUUAGCGUCCGUGGCAGCAGCGCAGAACGUGGCUCGCCUGCAGGCACUCAACGACUCGCUGCAGGCGGAGCGCAACAGUGUGACGAGUCAGCUGUCUGCGUUGACCAAUCAGAUCACAGGGCUGACCACAUCUCUGGACGUGCUGACGAAGCAGCAGGACUCUGUAUCCCAGUCCAACACGGUGUUGCGCACUCGCCUGCGCAAGGCACUGCUGGAGAAGCGCCAGCUGGCGCAAUCAUUGCGGGCGGCGCACCGCGUGCAGAGCGAGCGGGCGAGUGACGUGGAGGGGCGGCUGCGGGCGGUGGGAGCACAGCUGAGGGCGAGCGAGGGGGCAAUGGUGCAGCAGAGGAGAGAGGAGGAGGUGAACUUGCAGACGUACCUGUCCCAGCAUGCUGCUAUUAAGUCGGAGCGCAAUGCAGCAGUGGUGCAGGCGAGUGACUUGCAGCACCGGUCAGAGCGCAACGCAGCAGUGGUGCAGGCAAGGGACUUGGAGCGCCGAGUGGCAUCUGCGGAAGCUCAGCUGAAGGAAGUCACCCGCUCUCGUGACCACCUCUUCAUCACCAACCAUGAGCCACGAGUUAACGCUUCCGUGCCGUGCAACCACGAGGUAUGCUUCCCUGCUGCUGGCAACCACGAGGUAUGCUUCCCUGCUGCUGGCAACCACGAGGUAUGCUUCCCUGCUGCUGGCAACCACGAGGUAUGCUUCCCUGCUGCUGGCAACCACGAGGUAUGCUUCCCUGCUGCUGGCAACCACGAGGUAUGCUUCCCUGCUGCUGGCAACCACGAGGUAUGCUUCCCUGCUGCUGGCAACCACGAGGUAUGCUUCCCUGCUGCUGGCAACCACGAGGUAUGCUUCCCUGCUGCUGGCAACCACGAGGUAUGCUUCCCUGCUGCUGGCAACCACGAGGUAUGCUUCCCUGCUGCUGGCAACCACGAGGUAUGCUUCCCUGCUGCUGGCAACCACGAGGUAUGCUUCCCUGCUGCUGGCAACCACGAGGUAUGCUUCCCUGCUGCUGGCAACCACGAGGUAUGCUUCCCUGCUGCUGGCAACCACAAGGUAUGCUUCCCUGCUGCUGGCAACCACAAGUUGAACACGCGUCUGACAGCAGCAAUGAGCGAGAACAGGCUGCUAAAGCAGCGAGUCGAUCAGCUGCAGCGCACCAGCCGCCACUCUGCUGCCUCCUUCAGAGACCGCGAGAGCACGCUCAAGCAGCACCUUGCGGAGCGCCAUGCUGAGCUGGCAGCCUCCCGCCAGCAGGCAGCCGCUGAGCUGGCACGAGUGACAUCCAGCCUGGAAGCCAAAGUGAGAGCAGCGCAGGAGGAGGUGGAGGAGAGCAAGGGGGCGGUGAGGUGGCUGGAGGAGCAGGUGGAGUCGAUGCGGGAGGAGGGGCUGCUGCACACGACACGGCUGAGGGCUGCUGUGGCUGCCGCUGAGAAGCGGGCACAAGAGGAAGCCGAACGGGCCAAUGAGCUGCAAGCGUUGCUUGCAGAGAGAAAGGAGGCAUCAGACAGAGAGACGAGGCUUCUUGAAGAAAAGGUUUCCUCGCUAGAGUCCAAACUGAGCGAAACGGAAUUGAAACUGGCUGCUACAGUGAACAGUGCGAUAGCAACUGCCAAGUCAGCACUCCUGCCGCCCACCCCUGCCUCGCCAGUAGACGCCUCAUUACUGUCCUUUGAAGGCUUUGGAUCAAGUAUUGAAAACACCGAAAGCAAUACUCUCUCUGGCUCACCCAAUAGCAGUGAAGUUGGCAGCAGCAUGAGCAGUGGCAGCGUGAGCAGCAGCAGUGGCGGCAGGAGAGGGUGGAGAAAGGGGGAGAAGAUCAGGAGCCAAAAGGAGGAGAGCAUGGACGGAAGCGUGGAGGAGACUGGGCUCGCCAAAAGGACCAGUGUAGAGGGGACAGCGUUGGGUCAAGAGGGAAGCUCAGAGGCAGGGUCGCUGGGCGAAGGGAGAACUGCAAACUUGACAGCAUUGGGUGAAGGGGGAAGUGCAGAGGUAGCGGAGAAUAAGGCAGGUGGAGGCAGAGGUGAGGAGAUGGAAGCAGGCGAGGCGAGCAAUGAAGAGGUGCUGGGAGCAGGCGAGGAGAGCAAUGAAGAGGCGCUGGGAGCAGGCGAGGAGAGCAGCACGAAGGAAAGAGCUGGAGGCAUGCGCACGAGCAACUCUGCUGCUGAGGCUGAAGCCGAAGCUGAGGCUGUGGCUGAAACGUCUGCUGUUGCUGUGGGCGCUGAGCUUGCUGCUGAUGGUGCUGUUCCUAUCGGUGCUCAGGGUGAUGGCAAUGGUGAGGAGGAUGUUGUUGCUGUGGAUGCCACUUCUGCAGCAACGGUGCGUGGGGAGGAGGAAGGAGCUGAUGUGAUCGGUGCUGACGUUGAAGGAAGUGCGGCUGGGCCAACUGCUGGUGCAACUGUUGGUGCAGAGGUGUCAGCUCGUGGAACGCCGAACGAGGCUCUUGGCACGCCGAACGAAAAUGACUUGAAGGUGUAUGCAAGGGCCAUCUUCCCUGCGUAUGUGUCACUCGACGCGUCUAUCAUGGAGCAGAGCCGAGGCAUGACAGCCAUGGUGCAGGAUAUGGUCAAGAUGGGGGCGGACAAAUCAUGGGCCAAGCGUCAUGUGGAGGAGGAGUUAUUGAAACCCGCGCUGACACAACAUGUAGCCGUUGCUGCUGCUCGUGCGUGCGGGCACAUCGGUGUGCCGAUCGAUUUGCCAGGAUCGAUCGUUAUCACGUUACCCAUGGACGUGCCGCCUUCCACGCCGUGCUGCGCGGCCAGCCAUCCAGAUCGUCACAGUAGCGGCCAUUCCUCAUGCCUAAGCUCCUCCGCGUGCACGGAAGCUGCCUCGCCGGACGGCGAGUGGAAUCUGCGCGAAGCGGGGAGUGGCGCAGGCGCAGGUCCUUCCGCGCGCGGGGGAUCUUCCGCGGGUCUUCCGCAGAAGCGGCGGGAGCCGCCGUCCGCGCAGAGGGACCGCGCGGAGUGCCGGUGGUGCGGACGGCGCGUGUUGCUGAAACGCGCGUUGCAUGGUGUGUCCGUGCCUCUGCCGUGUGUACGAGGACGUAAAGCGGCGCGCUGCAUGGUGUGCCUGUGUCUGUGCCGAGUCUAUGAAGACGUGGAGAGGUGCUGCUGUGGGCCGUCCAUUAUUCGUGCGUCCCAGGCAGUGGGCCGUCCAUUAUUCGUGAGCCGCAUCCGCCUUGCUCCUCCAUCCCCUUGCCAAUCUGCGUUUCCUCUACCCCUGGUUCCCUCCUUCCAUGCUUCUCUGUAUCCCUUCUUAUCCCCCUCAAGGCAUGUGCGCGCUGCCCCUGCCCCACGUUGCAGUGGACUUCCGCCUGCCUCCCGCCAUAUCCCCCUCUCUCUCCCCCCUUCCUCUCCCCAUUCCUCUCCCCCUCUCUUUCCCCGCUUCCCCUGUCUGCAGCAAGGCAUGUGCGCGCUGCCCCUGCCCCACGUGGCAGUGGAUUUUCGCCUGCCCCCCGCUAUUCCCCUCUCUGUGGAUAUGGAGGAGCGGGACGAUGGGACCCUACCAGCUGCAAACCAGCAGCUGAAGCCGCGAUACAUACACAUCAACUCGAUGAUGGAUGACGAGGACAUGGGGUGCGAUUGUAAAGGGGGGAGCAACACCGCGUGUGGGGACGACUGCAUGUGCCGGGCGCAAUACCUGAGCUGCACCAAUCGCUGUGGGUGCCACGGGGGGUGCUGCAACAGGCCCUUCAGUCGCCCAAAGAGGCUUGAUAUCGUGCAAACGCAGCGCUGUGGGUGGGGAGCCAUGGCAGUAGAGCCCAUCAAGGCGGGCGAGUUCAUCGUUGAAUACGCCGGUGAAGUGAUUGACGAUGCGAUGUGUGAGGCACGACUAUGGGCCAUGCGGGCAGGGGGAGCGACGGAUUUCUACAUGUGUGAAGUGAGCCGCGACGUGGUCAUUGAUGCCACCUUCCGUGGGGGGCACGGCCGCUUCGUCAACCACAGCUGCGCUCCCAACGCCGAGCUGCAGAAGUGGCUAGUGGAGGGGCAUGUGCGGGUGGGCAUUUUCGCCAUCAAGGACAUUGCAGUGGGCACAGAAGUGGCGUAUGAUUACAGAUUUGUGAGCUUCGGCCCGAACAAAGCUUGUCAGUGCGGUGCAGAGCGGUGCCGCGGAGUUAUCGGGGCCAACCCUCCAACCACAGCAACAGCCACUCCUGCCGCACCUGCGCCUGCCAAACCAGAGGGGCAGGCUGGGACCGUACCUAGGGCAAAGCCCUGGAAUAAAGCGGCAGGGGAAGGGGCAGGGACAAGAACAAAGGGGUUGCUUUGGGGCACAAGGGGUGCGAGAUCAAGACGUAUGUUGACGCAUCUGUCUCCCCCCUGGUGGCAGCAGCACCAGCAGCAGUGGCUACUACACCACCUCGUAACGUGA